CGGCCGCAGUCGGGGUGUCUCGCGCUGGGUGACAGCUCGCGCGUGCUGAUGAUGGCGGGCUUUGAAGCUGUGCUGCCUCACAAUGAAGACUUAAGCAGUAAUUAAAUUCUCGAAGAACCGCCAAGACUCCUUCGGCUGAAAUGGGGAUGUUCCGGGCCCUGGUUGCUGCGUCGCGGAGGAAAGGAUAUUUAAACAUGACUCCGUCAAAGCAGCGAAGACUUCUGUAAGACAUGGAUAGAUGCAAACAUGUUGGGCGGCUACGACUCGCCCAGGACCACUCUAUCCUGAACCCCCAGAAGUGGCACUGCGUGGACUGCCAGACAACUGAAUCUAUCUGGGCUUGUCUGAAGUGCUCCCACGUAGCCUGUGGGAGGUACAUCGAGGAGCAUGCACUUAAACACUUUGAAGAAACCAGGCAUCCAUUGGCAAUGGAAGUUAAUGAUCUGUAUGUCUUUUGUUACCUUUGUGAAGAUUAUGUCUUGAAUGAUAACCCGGAGGGUGAUUUGAAAUUGCUGAGAAGUUCUCUGUCAGCAAUUAAAAGUCAAAAACAUGAUCCGUCAACGAGAAGUGGCAGGACAUUGCGAUCAAUGGCUUUGGGAGAGGACAUGUGCAGUCAUCAAAGGAGCCCUCAGGGACAAUCUCAGAUGCUUACAGCUCUCUGGCACAGGCGUCAGUCCUUGCUUGCAAAGGCGUUGCGGACCUGGUUUGAAAAGAGCUCUAGAGGCCAGCUAAAAUUAAAAGAAAAGAAAGAACUGGAGGAGUUGGAGAAAAAGAAGGAGGCAGCUAGGCAGCGGCGGCAGGAGGUGAAGAGACAACUCCUGGAGGAGCUGGCAAACACUCCUCCGAGGAAGAGUGCAAGGCUGUUGUCUCACGUGCACAGAGAGAACUUGAUUCCAAGGAAAUUCAGGGAGGUGGCGACCGCUUCCCCUACCUCAAGGCAGAUGCAGAGCAGCAGAUUCAAACAGUUUUAUUCCAUCCGGCGUAAGCCUCUGAUGACUCCCGGGGUAACGGGUCUAAGGAACCUGGGAAACACAUGUUACAUGAAUUCUAUUCUGCAAGUGCUAAGUCACCUCCAGAAAUUUAGAGAAUGUUUUUUGACACUUGAUCUCUGUGAAACAGAAGAACUCUUAGCUAAAACUGUGAAUGGGAAGUCUAGGAUGCCUGGCAAAUUGGCAAAUGGGUCUGCUGCUAAUGAGUCAGGGAAGACUGACAAAGUGGGAUCAUACGGCACACAGAGCUUGCCAGCUGGCUUAAAUGGUGGCUCCUCAAUAAGCAGGAGUUUAGAACUAAUACAACCCAAGGAACCAAGUUCAAAGCACAUCUCCCUCUGUCACGAAUUGCACACCCUCUUCAGAGUGAUGUGGUCUGGCAAGUGGGCGCUCGUGUCGCCCUUUGCCAUGCUGCACUCUGUGUGGAGUCUGAUCCCGGCAUUUCGAGGUUAUGAUCAGCAGGACGCUCAGGAAUUUCUCUGCGAGUUGCUGGAUAAAGUACAGCAGGAGUUGGAGUCGGAAGGAACGAAGCGCAGGAUCCUUAUUCCUUUCUCACAGAGGAAGCUCACCAAGCAGGUCCUGAAGGUGGUGAACACCAUUUUUCAUGGGCAGUUGCUUAGUCAGGUCACCUGCAUAACAUGCAACUACAAAUCCAACACCGUUGAGCCCUUUUGGGAUCUUUCCCUGGAAUUCCCCGAGCGCUAUCACUCUAUCGAGAAAGGGAUCAUCCCUGUUAAUCAGACAGAGUGCAUGCUGACAGAAAUGUUGGCCAAGUUCACCGAGACCGAAGCUCUGGAAGGGAGGAUAUAUGCGUGCGACCAGUGCAACAGCAAACGGCGAAAGUCUUCUCCAAAACCUCUUGUUCUGAGUGAAGCUAAAAAGCAGUUAAUGAUCUACAGACUACCUCAGGUCCUCCGACUGCACCUUAAACGAUUCAGGUGGUCUGAACGUAAUCACCGUGAGAAGAUUGGGGUCCAUGUCCUCUUUGACCAGGUAUUAAACAUGGAACCUUACUGCUGCAGGGACUCUCUCUCCUCUCUUGACAAAGAGACCUUUGUCUAUGACCUCUCCGCUGUGGUGAUGCAUCACGGGAAAGGGUUUGGCUCAGGACACUACACAGCAUAUUGCUACAACACAGAGGGAGGUUUUUGGGUCCACUGCAAUGACUCCAAACUGAAUGUAUGUAGCGUGGAGGAGGUGUGCAAAACCCAGGCCUACAUUCUUUUUUACACUCAAAGAACAGUGCAGGACAAAGCAAGAAUCUCAGAAAAACAACUCCAAGCUCAGGUGCCAUCCAAAAAUAGCGAUAAGGACCGAAGACUGACAUUCCCGUGAUGGGGAGCUCUGUAACUCAAUCAGCAGUCUCAGUUUGGGUUUUUGUUCGGGUUUUUUGUUUUUGUUUUUUAUUAAAACCAUUGGCGUCACAUCUUUCCUCUUUGUAGGAAAAAAAAAGGCUCGCUGCAGGAAGAGAAUCAGAUCAUGACGUUUGCCGCCCAGGGUCUGGAAAAGCAUAUGGAGCUGUGCAAUUCUGACGCAUAAGAUUGUAGUCAGAAUCUCAUUUUUAAAGCAUCUUGUUGUUAAAUUAUGCUCACAAAACAAAAUGAGAAAGCUUGAUGCUGUAUAUCAUUCAUCUCAUAUCAAAAAGGAAUUCUGUAAGGCGUGUAACAAAUGAGCAAAACCAGGAAAUAGAAGCAUUCAACUGGCUUCAAAAACCUUCAGUACCUAGUAAUGCUGAUAAAACUCCAGAAGGAACAGGUAUAGUACCCUCCCCUUUAAUCACCAUUCACGUUUCCAGGGUUUGAAUCACACAGUCACCCAGGCAUUUAUUUAGCCAGUUGUUGGAUAGGUGGAGUUGCCUGCCCUGAGAGCCGUUCUUGCUGGAGAAAUGUUUAACAUUCUUCUACCAGAGAAAAUAUUCCCCCAGGCCUCAGCUAUCUCUGUGAUAUCAAUUUCUUUGCCAUCGGUUGAGGGCAAACCUGCGGCUGGCAAGCUUUGUCAACAGCUGUUUUUCUCAGCAUUACUGGGGCUGUGUGCACACUUGAUGGCUUAUUCUCUGGGCUGAACUGAAUUGGCAGCUAAAUCCACUAGGAAUGUGGUUUUUAAACACAAAACAGAACUGUUGUAAAAACACAAAACCCUGUAAUAAUACAGGAAUGCACCUGUGUGUCAUAUCUGUUUACAGUGGCAGCAAAAACAAAGCCUGUGCUACAGGCUUCUGCUGGCAUAACUUUGUCAUCAGGAUUAUAAAGAAGUCUAAGCCCUGGCUUGCACAGCUGUGACAGCAGAAGCGUGGAGGCAUCUUACACUGGCAAACUAGCACUUUUACAAGUGUGGCUUGUUUUCCUCAGGGGAGCGGGGUGGUGGUAGUACCACGAGGGUGGGAGACAGAGCUAGCUUCUGUUAUUGCUUCUGUAAUGGAAAUACUCAUUAAUUGUGGUUGUCACACGAGGCCCAGACUAACCGCAGGCGGUGAGGUUGCACAGGUGUAGUGCGCAGAAUUCACCUGUGAAGUCUUUAUUUCUGCUGGGACAUGAAGGGACAGAAUGUAGUUAAAUCUCAAAUUCCAUACUGAGUCUGAAAGGUUAUAAAAAUGUCUGUAUCUGUAAUCAUCUUGAUUUUAGAAUUCUGUGAGAAACACAGGGCCUUAGUUGACUAUUUAUGGUCACUUCUCCGCCUACAGUUGCACCUCAGGUGUUUUUAUAAUUUGGGGUUUGGCUGUUCACGUUUCAUGUUUUAAUCAAAUCUGAAUAUGUAACUGCAAAGACAUACGAUGUCCUUCAAUCUUGAGGGUUUGGGUUUUUUUUUUUAAGUGGUUAAAGGUGAAGUAAUCUAAAAUAUUAGGUCCUUCAAAACAACUGGUUCCAUUUUCGGGCAGAGAAGUUCUGAAAGCGUGUUCCUCUUCCUCCCUCUUCUCCUCUUAUUGUCAGCAUUUGCCCCGCAGACACACACUGACAAUCCUGCGUUGUUGUUGCAGGGGGUGAGGAGGUAAGCUUCCCAAAUACUAGUCCUCUCUUUUUUCACUGCCGCUACUGUGACUUUUAAUCUCCUGUCCUAUGGGCAAAUUGGUCUCUCUCACUUCGGCUGCCGUUAAUCGCUUCAGCAAACAAGAAACUUCUAUUUUGUUGGACCGAGGUCUCCUCUGCCCUUAAAGGUUCCCAUUUCUUGUAUGUCUGAGCAACAUGCUGGUUUCUGAGCCUACAAAACCUGUCUUUUUGACAAUUGGGUGUAACUUUGAGAUCAUAUGCUGUUGUUUUUUUGGACGUAAGACGGUUCAGAACAGUCCUAUGGGAACUGAUUAAAAAGUUUUAGGUUUGGUUCCUAAAUGUAGCAGGGUCUGGAAGGAUUUCUUUCUGCUGACAGCAGGGGAAGCAGAGUUAACUUCAGCACAGGUAGAAGCUGACAUUCCUGAAAGAAUCAAAAUCAAGCUUUUGAGAUUAUCAGAUAAAUGAUGGAUUCUUUUUAGAGUAAAACUUAUGCUCUGUGAAGACUCUGUGUCUCAAAAGGAAAAUUAAAGGAAAAAUAGUGCUUAACAUUGCCUUUUUAAUCUAAGAGGUGGAAAGGAGAACAUAUUUUUCUCAUGCAUCUGUCCUUCUAGGCCUGUCCAGCCUUUAAGAGGAUUAUACUCUCCUAAGUGACAGUCGUGGUUUACUAUGGUGCAUUCACUUUCUGAGUCCCCUAGCCAUGCUGGCCCUGUUUAUAUAAAAAUUCAAUAGAAAGGCAAACCGUAACGCAGCAUUAGUUGUUUCUGCAGUGAGCCGAGACUCUUCGCUCUGAACACUCAUCUUUUGACUGAGUGUUUUCAUUAAUAUAUGAAUUCAGGUGGUAAUACGGUUGUCACGCAAAUCGAGUGGGUUGCAGAGGGGAGUGGGGAGCUGGGAGCCUACCUGUAGCCAUUGCGGCAUCUGGUUGCCCGAGCAGAUUUUGUAGCUUUUACUGGUGACAUCUUUUGACAUCAGUGGCCUCUCCAUGUGACGUUAGCCUAGUUGUGCUGAGAUGUGGAGAUACUGCAGUCAGAAAAACGAUUGCCCUGAUAGGGAAAGAAUGAAUUAUACUUCAAAGUAAAAAAACUUGCUUUUUCCAACACUGUGAGGUUUCUGUAAUAUUUAGCUUUUAUUUGGAAGCGAUAGCGUAUAGCAUUUUUUAUGCUGUUUGGUUUAUAUUUGUCUACUGCAGGCUUCUUUAUAUGAGCAUAGCCCAGUGCUCCCUCCAUGGUGGACACUGUUUUAUAGUGUCCUGUUUGCCAGAAAUUCUGAUUGGAAGUUACCUCUCUGCAUCAGUAAGAUCAAAAUACUACUUGCAGUGACAGUGAAGCCCGCUUAAGCGCAUGCCUGACAAAGGGUAUCUGUAAAGCAAAUUUUGCCCCUCCUUUAAUGGUGUGGCUUCAAACCCUGCUAACAUGCUGAUGCGUAUUGAGAAUAAUUACAGGUUUGGGCUCUGCUUUUGCAAAUACACAGGCAGGUGAUGUGACUGAACUCGUGCGCAGAGUUCAGCGGUCAUAGUCGUGAGUUGCAAGCUCAGUGGCUGCAACAUAAAAGCCAUUAUUUUGGUACACCUGGCAGCAGAAUUGGUUUCUCUGUGUGCUGGGAUUCCUGUCUUGUAGCAAGGAGUCAGUUGCCUUGAGGGAUGCUCAGAGCAAGCGUGAGGUUCUCUGCACCUUGCAGGUUCUUAUCUGAAGGCAUCGGAAGGCACUGCAUGCUGGCAGAGCGUCAGCCGCGUGAGUGUGCAGCCUUUGGGACAGAACUGUUCCCAGCACAUCCUUAUGCGUGCAACUUCUAAAUAGAUCAGCGUUCCUUAAUUUUUCAUUUUUAAAAUGAAGAAUCUUAAUGUAUUCAUGGCCAGGUAUGAUACAGCAUCUGCUGCAGUUGUUGGAAAACACUUUAUUUUAGCUAACUUUAUUCCACCAGCAAGUCAAUUACAUAAAUUUGCCUUUAUGCUAUCACUUUACUGUCCGCGUUCCCAAGUUAAACUAUGCAUGCUGCAAAAACAGUUUCUCUGCAAAGCACUGAAAAGCCAAUUUUUUUCCCCCAUUAAUUCUGACCAGAACAGUUCUCUGGUCUGGCUUUGAAGUUGUUAAUGUGAGGCAGCAAAUGGAAUAAUGCGUAUUAAAUGCUUGACGUCAAACUUUUCUGAGUGACAGUACCACCCCCACUUACUUAGGGACUUCCAAAUGGUUUUUGAGUGUAAGAAUAGAAUUGGAAAUGGUAAAAGCAUUCAGUGUGUCCUAUGGACUCGCUAUCGGGAGGGGUUUUUGCUUUUAGAAGGCAAGGCUUCUAGCAUAAAAAUUGUCAUGGUGGUAAUAUAGAAACUCUUUUAUUGAUUGUAACAUCCCCAGGCCUGAAUAUGCUUAAUUGCAUCCCAUUGAGAGAAACUAAUGAAACUUCUGGCUCUUGCCAGAUUACCCCGGGAUGAGCUCCAGCGGAAGAAAAUGGUGUUGCAGAAUGAGAACUACGUAAGCAAGAGACAAGGAGAUUUGUUUUACCUGCCAAUACAGUUUUGUGAACUAAUUUUGUAAGAUUCCUUAGAUCUGGUGCCUUGUAUCCAAUAACAUUUUGCAUGGGACAGAAACGUUGAGAAAUAAGUCAUGAAUUCCCCCCUCCUGACUGAAGAAGCAGAUUUGUGUAUUCUCUCACUGACAUUUUUGCAUUUCAUAGCUGUAUGUGAAUUAAGUUUACCAGCAAGCUCAGAAGCUAGUAUUUCAGCAUUACAUGUUUGAAAUCUCUGUAUUUGUAAUAACUCAAAUAACAGCUUGUUCAAAGACAGAUUAGAUUUGGCUUCUUAGAUUUUCUUAUGUCAUCCAGGCCCUCCCAGUCAGGUCAGUAAGUUGACAUCUGUCAGAGCAUGUAGCACAGAGCAAGGAUUAAAACCUCCAGUGGGGUUUUUGGUGGGGUAGCUGUAGGUUUGGGAAACACUUUCUGGUACAAACCUAAUGACAAUUGCUGGUUUAGAAAAGAACAAAAUACGGUUCCCAUUGUCAGGGCAGCGUUUGCCCAGGUUUCUUCUUAGUGGCCUAGCAAAUACUUCCACACGUGAGCAAAAGGAUUCAGUGGCAAUGCGUGCAUAAAUUUAAUAUGCAAUAGAGUUGCAUAAGGUGGCCGAGUGUCCCUUCUUGCAAGUAAAGAGUAAAAUCCAAGCUCCAGCUCUGAACACUGCCUUUUUGUGUGCCUCUGAUCCCUUCAGCAGGUUUGAGAUUCGAUUGGAUGGACUUAGGUUGAGAAUUGAUUGCCUGUGGGAAUAUUAAACCGCAAUUCAGUGGGUUUUUUGCCAUCUAUUACAUUAAUAUUGAUACCCGUUUACUGCAGAUGGAAAUGUGAAGCAUUCUAGCAAUUCUAAAUUUGUAAGCCCCUGCUUAAUUGAUCAGAAGUUAGUUACCUGCACCAACUAGUGAUUACUUGUCCGAGUUGAUUUUAGGGGUAUGCCUUAAGGCUGUUCCUUCUGUUGUACUGAUCUAUAUUUUGCGUGUAUGGGCUCUGCUUGCUUAAACGAUACUGGGCCAAAAUAUUUUCAAAAGAGUUCUUAAGUCUUAAAAAUGAGCUUUGCAAUGUACACCUCCAAAGGGCAGGGGGUAGAGGAGGAAGGGGAAAAAAAAGACCAGCCCGAUGGGCCCGUGACUGACUUUAACCACCAUUAACUGUUUGUUGUUCUGAAGCUUGUGCACGGUACAGAAUGCAUUGCGGUUACAGCAAAGUGCUGCACCCUUCGGGCUCUUCUUCAACGGCCGUACUACUGAUUUUGUGCAGGCUGGGGGUAGGGAAGGAGUUGGGAUGAAUGGAACAACCAGUAAAAAGAAAGCCAAUCCAACCACAGCAAUGACUGCUCUAAGUUUAGGAAAGACAGGAAGCAUCUGAUAAGGGGACCUUGCGUCUUGCAAGGUUGCGUGUUUUGCAGGCAGAGACGUUCACCAAGCCCAAACACAGUCUCAUUAGCAGCAAGCUCCUACUGUUUUGCGGCACAGACUUUCUCUGGUCAGUAGGCUCAUAUGGGCGAAACAAAUGGUGCUUUUCCAUUAGAUAUUACAGUUCUUAAGGAACAGUGUCCCAAAUUCACAAGUUUUAGAAAGGAGCUACCUACUGAAAGCCCGCAACAUCACUGUAAAUGCUUUGCAUAACAGGAGGCGAGAAAGGAGAUGAUACAGUUGAUGAUUUUACCUAAUUUGAUUCGUAAUUUUUGGUUUUGAUAACAUCCUUCCAAUAGAGGUGGCAGGUGGUGAAUUUGUUUGGUUUUUUUCCCAUGCUGAAGUGCUGUGCCAUGGACUUGUCAAACUAGGACUUGGUGGAAUCUGGAGUGAAGCCCUCCUCUUGUUUCUGUUCCUGCUUUACAGCCGCUUUCUGUGAGAGCGUGUCUGUGUGGGAACGUGGGGCUUCUCGGUGUUGCUCCUGCUAAAGAGGAACAACCACAUCCCUUCAACGUGGGCAGGGUUAAGUGUAAAGUACUUAGGCUAGCCUUAUUUCCUUAGCUAACCGUAUCUGUACCAUGGGGAUAAUUUGUACUGCUACAACUGCAUUAGUACGAAUGUGUGCGGCGUUGGUGGCUAGGCAAGGUUACGAUAGCAGGGCCAGGCUAGAGCUUUGCACGUGAAUAGUGUCACCGCAAGCUCCUGGAGCACCGCUGGAUGGAAUCGGUAGCCGAGAAAUUAGGAUAACCCCUGUCAGGCUCCUCCUCUUUCACACAGCGCAGUGUUUGGCUGCCUAACUAACUCCACACCUCUGAUUUAGGAACAGUGUUUUCAUAGCAAGUGUCAUCUUCACUCUCCUUACGUUAAUUAAAUGACGUAAGUAGGCCUGGCCCUUAAGGCUAUUUCCUACUGCUACAAGAAGAACCACAUAUUUCCAUGUGAAAACCAAGUUUCUGCCUAGUUUAUCAGAUGUGCCAACUACAGUAACUUACCACUGGCAACCUGGAGCCCACACAAAAGAGAACUAGAUCCUGUUUUCCCCUGUUUAACUUCAGCUUUGGUUAAGCAAUCGCAAACUCUUCAAGCCACAGCCUUCUAUACAUCUAAUGAGCAGUUUACAGGACAGGAACAAAUGGAUAUGUUUGUUUCCAGUAGGAUUUUUUUUUACAGGUCUGCCUUUCCAUAAAACAAACUUAAACGCAGCUUAGAAACGUCAAACGGCUUCUCCAAGGAGCGCUGCCCACACGAGCUCCCUUAAGGUGCGAUGGGCUUGGGCAGGAUGCUGCCGUGCAGACCCUGCUUCUGCUAAUGCCCUGGAAGCUUCACUCUUGACUUGAGUAAGGGCAGAAUUAAAGCUAAUCUUCAGCACUUUAAAAAAAAUUAAUCCCGCUCUAAGUUAAGGUUGCUGGAAGGGUGCUGUUGGCAGAGGCUGGAGAGAAGACGAGCAGUUUUCCCUCAAUAUGAGCUCUCCCGGCAGCCCGUGUGAAAACAGGAGUGAGAUGCUGUUCCUGGGUGAGGAGCCAGGCUGCAGCUUGGGUGGGUUUCCCAAUGUAUUUUUUUUCAGUGACUUCUGUGGGGGUUUUAAGUCAGAACAGCCUCCAGUUUCUGCUUCAAGUUUCUGGUACGUACGUCACUAAUGACUUAAGCUGAUGUAUGCCAUGCUGUGCUCAUGAAUGAGACCGCCUGUGCUUCAAGGACACUCCCAGGCCCCAGCGACAGGAGAAUCCCAUUAAUUACUGGCAAUCUGUCCAGCUGUCUGGCGGCUCGGUGCAGGCGCACUAGAGGCACCGCUCCUAAUCACAGGCGGGUUCGGCAGCUUUCAUUUUAGUCAGGGUUCAUUAAGACAACACCCAGUAAGUCACCUACGGCAGCCUUAUGUACUUAACUGCACGAACUGCCCCCUGCCUGAACCCAGGCCUCGGGAGGGGAUUAGUGUGUUCUAAAUCAAAAACUAAGAUUAACUAUUAAAUGACUUAAUGUUCUAAUUAAUCCCCUUUCCCUGCAGAAACUGUUUCUGCAUAACUUGGAUUAUCUGUACUUCAAAAGAAAUUCAUUUCUUUACAGGAUGUUAAAAUACCUGCUUUGAAAACAGGAUUUUUAAGAAUCUGUGUCGGUAGUGGAAUGAAUUUCUCUCUGGGGCAGGUGAGGGGGCAGUUCUCAGUCACAAAACGCAGAGGUAGCGCUACUUCAGAAGAAUGUCUAAUUAAAAACCCGUGCGGAACCGUCCAAAGAAUCUGAAGCCAUGUUGCAGUCCUACUGCCGUAACGCUCAGGGCUGGGAAGUUACUCUGCUCCACAAACGGCAUCUCAGAGGAGCUUUCGUGUGACGUAUGGGAGUAAAUCACAGCCGCGGCUCCCACGUCAGCCUCGCGUGGUGCUUUCACUGUCCCCCGAACAGCUUCACCACCCACAGCUGCGCUUUAAAGUUGGUACUGGCAAGAUGCAGCCUCAGUCCAGGGCACUAAAACGCUAUGCAACACCACAUGGCUGCUGCUUCCCACACAGUCAUCGUUCCUUUACAGUCAUCCCAGCUUUAUCUCAUCCGGACAUCACCCAGGAAACCUGCUGGGGGUUAGAGUUUACCUAGGGCUUGUCACGGUUUUGUUUUCCCUUUGAAUGAGUAGCUGAUGGGUCCUGCUUACAGCCCACGACUGGGCUCGUUCCUUUGUCUUUUGGGUGUGAAAUAUAAAUCAUGUUUUUAUGAUUUCUUUUGUAAAUCUUUACUCUUUUUACACCUUGUUUUUUGUAAGCUGAAGUUUCUUAUUAAAACAAAUGAAAUUCCA